CCCCCACCCCACCCCACGCCGAGUGGUGCUGCUCCGAGGCCGAAGUUCUCCAGAGCCGGCUUAGGGUGCAGCUCUCUUUGUCCCCCGCCAGCUGUGCUCCCUGCCGGCUGACCCGACGCGCUCCCAGGAAGUGGGGGUGGGGAGCCCGAAACCUAAGAAAUAAAUGGGGGCGUGAGGACAGGAAGACAACCCCGGGUGGUGUGUGCGGCUGUCUUCACGCCCUCCCUUUCUUCCUUAGGCGGGGUCCCUGGGGUCCAGGCAAGGGAGGGUCUAGGCACAGGCGCGGCGGCGGCGGCGGCGGCGGGCUGGGGAGCGCCGGGUCCCAGCGAGCGCACUGGCAGACCGAGAAGCCUCGCGCCCGGCCCGCUGCCCUCCAUCUCUCCUCCCUUCCCUGGCUUUUGUGUUGGUGCCUCGGAGCUGCAAGGAGGGUGCGCUGGAGGAGGGGGGCCUGGGGUAGAGGCUCCCCUCCACGCGCGCGCGCACACGGUGGCGGCGCACGCACACACACGCGCGGACAUACACACACGCACAAACCUUGCUCGCCUAGAGCGCACUAACGUGGCUGUUUUCUUUGUGUGGAGCCCUUGAGGGGGGUUGGGGUCCCAGUCCGGUCCUGGGGAGAUGGCGCAGCCCAUCCUGGGCCCUGGGAGCCUGCAGCCCGCCUCGGCCGCUGGCCUGGCAUCCCUGGAGCUCGACUCGUCACUGGACCAGUACGUGCAGAUUCGCAUCUUCAAAAUCAUCGUGAUUGGGGACUCCAACGUGGGCAAGACGUGCCUGACUUUCCGCUUCUGCGGAGGGACCUUCCCCGACAAGACCGAGGCCACCAUCGGUGUGGACUUCAGAGAGAAGACGGUGGAGAUCGAGGGCGAGAAGAUCAAGGUGAUCCAGACGGUUCAGGUGUGGGAUACAGCAGGUCAGGAACGCUUCCGCAAAAGCAUGGUCGAGCAUUACUACCGCAAUGUGCAUGCAGUGGUCUUCGUUUAUGAUGUCACCAAGAUGACAUCCUUCACCAACCUCAAAAUGUGGAUCCAAGAAUGCAAUGGGCAUGCCGUGCCCCCACUAGUACCAAAAGUGCUUGUGGGCAAUAAGUGUGACUUGAGGGAACAGAUCCAGGUGCCCUCCAACUUAGCCCUGAAAUUUGCCGAUGCCCACAACAUGCUCUUAUUUGAGACAUCGGCCAAGGACCCCAAAGAGAGCCAGAACGUGGAGUCAAUUUUCAUGUGCCUGGCUUGUCGAUUGAAGGCUCAGAAAUCCCUGCUCUACCGUGAUGCUGAGAGGCAGCAGGGGAAGGUGCAGAAACUGGAGUUCCUGCAGGAAGCUAACAGCAAAACUUCCUGUCCCUGUUGAAACCAAAUGGUGUAAAUACAAGAUCAGUUAUCACUGGAGUUUUUUCUUUCCCUUCUUUUCCGUGCCUGCAUAACACUGACACCUGCCUGUUUCCAUACAAAUUGAUAUUAAAAUAAAAUUUGUAUA